AUGAUGACAGAAGUGACAAAGAUGUUUUCUUCAAACACUGAACAUAUUUAUGACGUUGCAAAACCAAUGCACAUUUGUUCUCAGCUUCUCGGUUUAACAUCUUUUAAAGUUGUGAAGAAAAAUAAAGUUAUCGUGGAUUCUGUGACAGUUUUCAAUGUUUUGAUUUUGAUAUUGUCAACCUUUCUUUACAUUUUCGCUAUUUUUCUGUUUUGCACAAAUUACAUUGCUGGAUGGAAAGUUAAACAAGUUAUCACAUCAAAAAUUUUCGAAUGCACCAUUUGGUGGGUUGCUGUCUGCUAUUUCGUCACUCAUAUUAUAAUGAACUGGUGGUUUCUAUUUUCCCGAAAACAUUUCAUCAACAUUUUCAAUAAAUUGAACGCUGUUGAUGAAAAUCUGUCAGAUUUGGACGUUGAAUUGAAGACUACAAGACAUCGAAAUGUAAUCUUUUGGGUUUCAUUGAUAACUUCGACAUACUUUGUAUUAACAACAACAUUAGGAUAUGUGGCUUCUACAAAUCAAGAUACUUUACGCAUUGGAAUAGCAAUAUAUGUGAUAUUUUUCUCAGUCAUUUACCGAAACUUUUUUCUUAAUUAUCACUUCAUUUUCAUUAUGUGGGGAAUCAAAAUAAGAUAUCAAAAAAUUAACAGUUUAAUGAAAGAAUUUCUUGGACAUUUGAACCCAAGUCAAAAUGUCGAGAAAGGUGAUGAAAUAUUGAACCAAAUUGCAAAAAUUCAUGACAAACUUGUGGAUGUCAGUGAGCAUAUUAAUCGUACUUAUGGCUUUCCAAUGUUGAUGGGAACAGCAACAAAUUUCUCUUAUCUAACUGUUGGUAUUUUUGGAAUAAUACGAUUGUUACUUCACAAAACGGAUCAGGCAGCACAUGCUAUAAUUCACAUUGUCUGGAUGUUAUUUUUCUCUGCUUUGAUAUUUGCAAACUUCUAUUUUGGACACGUCACGAACAAGGAGGCACGAAAGACUGCAAAUUUAUUACACAAAAUCGGAAACAAAGAGUUUGCAAUCGUUUCGUUGACAAGUGUAACAAAAUUUUCUCAACAACUCAUGCAUCGCAUGCCUGUUUUUUCUUGUGGUUUGUUUCCCUUCGAUGGAGCUUUGGCUUUCAAGAUUGUAGGCGCAAUUUCACUUUAUCUUGUGAUUUUAUUUCAAUUUGAGAAUACAGAACAAAAAUAA